GUAAAGUGUGAGUCCGGACCGCGCAGCCGUCAAAGCCGACAGCCAAGGGAUGUUACCGAGAGUUGCGCGAGCCUCCUCAUCAGCAAAAUAAGACCAUAAAUCUUUCUCCGCGAAGGGGAAAAGCUCUGUUUGGUCUGCAACAUCGCGGACAGAAGGACAGGGGAGAAGAAAAAGCGGAGAAAGCGAAAAAAGGAGUGCGUAAGAAGUAAAAAAAACAGGAGCGCUACAGCAUCUGCAGUAGUUUGUGAAGAAAACAGUGAAGAAAAGAUGAGACCAUUAAAGAAACACAGAGGGCGUUCUCCCCCAUUAACUAGAGGCAGAGGGGGGAGAAGGAGAGGGGGCUCUCAGCCCCUCCAAGAGAAAGACCCCAAAAGAGUCAGGAAGGAGACACUCGUCAAAACCACACAGCAUGGAUCCAGCACUCCAUCUACACGCAAACAGGCAGUGCCCACAGCUGCCAACUCUAACGAAGAACCAAUCACAAACAGCAAUACCCCCAUGAGGGAGGAGUCUACUGAGCUAAAGAAACCUGCGGAGUCAGCUGAGAAGAAUGUAAAGAAGGUAGAAGAAAAGACAGAAAAUGAGAAGAUAGUUGGCACGAAUGGAAAUAGUGCCAUGUCCACUGAUGCUGUUGCAUUUCCUACCUCUGCCCCAGCGCCACUCUCCACAGCCACGCCCCCUGUAGCCACCAAUCACAGCCCCAGCUUAGGCUCAGUCUCUAGUAGGAAAACAGCCACAUUUAAGGCUCGUGUACCCAAGAAAAAAUACACAUAUGAGCACUUUGCUAACAACGCAAGUGCCCUGACUACCAUCCCUACCUCCAGCCCUGCACUCAUACACAACAGUUACUGCAGUAUUAACAGCAAAACCAUUGACAGUGUGAAUAUGCCCAAUAAUAAUUUCAAGAGUAGUAACAAUAUUAGUAAUAGCAUUAAUAAAAGCAUUAAUGUUAGCAUCAGUAGUAGUACUAACAGUAACUGUACAAGUGGUAUUAACAACCCCAUUAUAAGUAGUAACAAUAGUGCUAGAAGCCAUAGUACUUUUAUCAAUAGCAGUAAUAGUAGAAGUAAUAAUUGCUCAGGUAAUCAGCCAUCAGUGCUAACUGUGGAUAGUAAAGUUACAGAAGCAAACCAUUUUGCUUCCACGGAGGGUAGGGCCCUCAGGACAGCAGACUCACCAGAAAAAGAUGCCCAUACUGGUGAAAAUGAGUCUGAGGGGGCCCCCAACUCAGUGCGCUCCUCAUCCACUGAUACAGCUAGUGAGCAUUCAGCUGACCUGGACGUGAUCGAAGCAACAGGACCAAGCCUUCAUCAAAAGGACUCUCCACUCCAUAACUCGCGCCCUAAAGAGUCCAGACUUUCACAGGGACUAGCUGAAGCUCUGGCAAAAGGCCUGAAAAAUCAGAGAGUUAUAGCUCGACAGAUAAAGAGGACCAUGGAGAGUGGGGUCGAGGCUGGGGGGAACAGAGGGGUUGAGGAGAUGGACUCAUGCCCUUUAUCACCUGUGUUCAGACCAGGGGUGGUGCGUAGGGUGAGUGGAGGUACUGUUGAAGUCCAGCUCCAAGGAGAGGCAACCCUUGUUAAAUACCCUUUCCAUGGUGGGACCACGAUGACAUCGUCAUCAGGAGUCGAGAGUACUGUGGGGUUCAUUUUGGACGCCUCACCACCUGGCAUGGCACCUGUGGCUGUCGGGACGCGAGUGUGUGUGCCCUUUGGUGGUGAGGAGGGUGGUCCUCUACUGUACAGAGAAGGGAUUAUAGGCCAGGUGGACCCCCACCCCGGUGUUUCAUUUCCUUACCAGGUGCUUGUGAGUGAAGACAGAGAGGCUAUGGACGAUGGAGGGGUGAGGGAAGAGAAAGAGAAAAGGAAAGCUAAUGCUCAGGCUGUAUGGGUGUCCCGACAAAGUCUGAGACUGCUCACUCCUCCUUGGGAGGUCCCACAUUUGGACGGUGGGAGGGCUAAGGAGAGAGAGCGGGAGAGGGAAAGGGAAGAGCGAGAGCGGAGGGAGGAGAUGGAGGUAGAGAGGGAAGUGUGCCAGUUGAGUAUUGGAAUGGGGGUGCUGGGAGGGGGAGCAAGGUUGGGUCACGGUUUUUCACAUGAAGGGGUAGGAGGAGGGCAUCCCUAUGGAAACGUACAUCCACCACCCCAUUCUGGUGUAGCUGGCAGCACUGUUCAUGGCUGCGGGGAUAACUACUCUGACAGAGAGAGACAGAAGCAGCCAAACACUCCAGAAGAGGACGUGGAGGUAUCUCGUUUUAACAUGGGCCUCGCUGUUAGUCCCAAGCCAAAUGCUGUGACCUCUCAGCACAGAAACAUCAUUUCCAAGUCCAGUGGCUACCCUCCCUCCUCCCCCCACCUUUCUGUGGUGCGGGGUCUGGGACCCGCACACCUCUCCACCCUAGCUAGUUCUCAGCCACCCCCGUCCCCUGCCUUACUGGGGUCUGAAAUUAACAACAGCACUCCAAACCUACCUCCAUCAAAGACCACUCCCACUCAGACCCCUACUCCAACUUCUGGUGGUGGGACCUCCUCUGCGUCCUCUCGCUCCAGGACUCCCCUCUCAUUGGCUCAGCAGAAAUACAAGAAGGGCGAUGUGGUGUGCACCCCUAAUGGUAUCCGUAAGAAGUUCAAUGGUAAGCAGUGGAGGAGGCUGUGCUCCAGGGAGGGCUGUAUGAAGGAGUCACAGCGUCGAGGAUACUGCUCCAGACACUUGUCCAUGAGGACCAAAGAAUUGGAGGCAGCAGGGGGAGAGAGGGGAGGAGGUGGCAGCAGCUCAGGGACAGUCACCCCCUCUGACCUGCGGGGGAGAGCAAGCAGUGAGUUUGAGUGGGAUGACACGUCAAGAGAGAGCAGUGAGACCAGUAGCAGAGGAGACUCUAGACCCCGCUUGGUCCUCCCCUCCCUCCUCCCCCAUGACCUGUCGUCACGAUUUGACUUUGAUGAGUGUGAGGCCGCCACCAUGCUUGUGUCAUUAGGAAGCUCCCGCUCUGGCACCCCCUCCUUUUCUCCCAUCUCCAACCAGUCCCCCUUCUCCCCUGCCCCCUCUCCCUCACCCUCCCCGCUGUUCGGCUUCAGGCCGGCCAACUUCUCCCCGAUUACUGCUUCCCCGGUCCUGCAGCACCGGAGGCACAGGCAACCCAGCGGGACGGGAGGAGGAGGGGCAGGGGGCAGUAAGGCAACAACCCCAGCUGGAGGAGGAGAAAGGGAGAGACACACUUCAGGCAUCCAGCCCUCCUUCCACAGCAACCUUAUGUUUACAGUCCCCAUGAGCCCCAGCAAACGAAAGCCAGACGCACCUCCUCCACCACCCCUUCCCUCACACCACCACGAUUACACGCCCAAGACGGAGCUGGAGCAGGGGGACCUCAACAACUCUUUCAGGGUGCUCUCCCCUCAAACGCCAGCUUCACAUUCCCGCACACACACACCCACCUUCUCCCGACCCAGAGGAGUGAACACCCCAUCCUCUAGUAGACCACCGUCCUCCACUGCUGUCUCCCCUCCUCCUCUGCUGGUGUCGCCAACUCCUCCUUCUCCUCUCACUCCCGAUGGAGGUCCUCGUCGUGUGGUCCCUGUAUCCCAACAGGCCUUGCGGGACUCCCCUGUCAUUGUGAGGAAUCCCGAAGUCCCACUGGCAAAAUUUACAGAGUGUCCUUUGGGAAGAGGAGGAGGAGGUGUAAACGAAGGAGAGACAGAUAACACCUCAUCUAAAGACAUCAGCCUAACACCCCUUACCCCUCAGCCAGUUUCUGGCCUUCAGGCUCCCGUCCCCAUUAACGCUGCUGCAGCCACAGUACCUAAUGGCACCGUCCUCUUGCGGAGCCCGGCGCAAACUCUGGUUCUUGUGUCCCCAACACCUUCCUCCCUGCCCACCACUGACACCCCUACCACCCCCCUGCAGGCCCUGUCAGUUACAGUCAGCCAAACAGUCACAGCUACUGUUCCAUGUAGCACGGACAGCUCUGGGGAACGAGAGGAGAACAGAGGGGCAGGGUUUGGUGGUGAGGUCCAGCAGCCAGUUCCCUGUCACCCUUCUCCCACCGCACUGCUGCCCCUGAUCCUCCCAGCUGAAAGCCUUCACCCUGUCCCACGAAAAGACAUCAUCAUGGGACGUCCUGGCACAGUGUGGACCAAUGUAGAGCCACGGUCAGUCCCAGUCUUCCCCUGGCAUUCAUUGGUCCCUUUCCUGGCACCCACCCAAUCAGAUGCUUCUUCUCAGCCAGGCGAGGGCCCACACCCAGUCAACCACCCCCAGGCAGCCAGUCUGAAGACAGAGUGUCAGGGGGUGGCAGCGCUGUCACAGGAGCCGUCAGAGGCACCUCCCACUGUAGAGAGAGGUCCCCUGUCCCAGCCUCCCCCCUCCUCUGAUGAGCCGCCUCCAGAGAAGGAGAAAGGAGAAGCAGAGAGGGAGAGGCCUGACAGCGAGACAGAGAGUGACGUGGAUGACCCCUUCCUCCCCGGAGUUGUACCAGAGCAGCCCCUCUCGACAUCACCAGUAAAGAGACGCACUCAGUCCCUCAGUGCACUGCCCAAGGAUGGUGAUAAGAGCAGCCCCGGAAAGAGGGAGAAGGACCACAUUCGGCGACCAAUGAAUGCAUUUAUGAUUUUCAGUAAGCGCCAUCGAGCAUUGGUGCACCAGCGGCACCCAAACCAGGACAACAGGACAGUCAGCAAGAUUCUUGGGGAGUGGUGGUAUGCUCUGGGACCUAAAGAGAAACAAAAGUACCAUGAUUUGGCCUUCCAGGUAAAAGAGGCCCACUUUAAGGCCCACCCAGACUGGAAGUGGUGCAAUAAAGACAGGAAGAAGUCCAGCUCUGAAGGCCGUGGGGUGCCAGGGGGCAAAGACAUCAGAGAAAGGAGCAUGUCUGAGUCUACAGAGCCCCAUUCUGUGGAGCUGAAGGGGGUUGGUUCAGGUCUGGUGGGUGUGUCUGAAAGGAAUACAGGAGAAGGUCAUGUUGGCCAGCUUACCCGUCCCCGUGCCUUCUCUCAAAGUGCCAUGCACAGCCUGGAACGGGGUGACAGGGGUAAUACACAGGCCUUGGCAGAGCUGGCACAGAUGUGUGGGGAUGGUGGCAGCCAGUUUUCAAGUCAUGCCCCACCCCUGUCACAGUCCCAGCGGGGGGUCAGCGAGGACAUGACCAGUGACGAGGAACGCAUGGUCAUCUGUGAGGAGGAGGGAGAUGAUGAUGUCAUCGAGGACCCUUAUCCUAGCAGUUCCAUAGACCUCAAGUGUAAGGAGCGAGUGACUGACAGCGAUAGUGAGCACGGUUCUGGAGACGAAAGUGAACGGAAGAGAGUUUUUGCGCCUGUCAUUUGCUCCUCUGCAUUAUCUUCCUCACACCAUACCCCUCAUGGCAGGAGUGUCUCAUUGUCCUCUUAUCCCACCAGUAAGCGUUAUGAUGAGGGGAGAUCAGGUGGGGGAGGGUUUUCUGAUCACAGGAGGAAGGAAAGAGGAGAUGGAGAGAGUAAGGACGCAUUGGCAGGGGAGGCAGGAGGAGGAAUGCAAGCCACUUCUCUCUCCCUCUCUUCUGGCCAGUCAGUCAUCUCCACUUCUCCAGCUGGUGGGACACCAUCCUCAUCAGUAGGUUCACUGGGUGCGAACCCACCUCUUGGCAUUGGUGCUGUACGGGUGGCCUCUACAGUGGUGACCAAUGUCAUGCGUCCUGUUAUCAGCACACCGCUCCCCAUCGCCAGCAAACCUAGAGAUGGAGGAACAUCAUCCAGCCCGCAUCCACCAGAAAGGAAAUCCCUGACUCCCCAGCAACAGCCACAACUUCUAAUAGGUUCAGGGCCCGGAGGCGGGGCCGCAUCCACAGGGGGUGGGUACUACUCGUCAUCAUCACCUAAUCCUGUAGGUGCAGGCGUGGGCCCAGGUGGUGUAGUGACUAAUUUGGUUUUAGGAGGGGCUCUGUCUGCUCAACCUGCUGUACAGCUCAUCACCCCGUCCCCCCAGCCUCAGCCCUCCCAGCAGCAAGUGCUUCCCUCCACCGCUGUUUCAGCAUCACAUAGCCAAACCAACGGGCCUCUUCCUCUGCCCCUACUUCAGCCCCAGUUCCUUCCCGCCUCUUCCCUAGCACCUCCUGGGGGUAAGGCCAUCACACAAGUUCAGUACAUCUUGCCCACCCUACCUGCCAACACCCACCCCAAGAGUCCACCUCAGCAGCUCAGCCAGCCAACCAGUAUCUUCAACCUGCCCACAGCUCCACCUUCACAUGUGUCCCUGGCCAAUGGAAAGCAGCAGGGUACAAGUUCAUUGACGGGAUAUACGUCCAGCUCUGCAGUGGGAGUUGUCAGCCCGGGAACAAGAGUACAAACACAGUCUCCAGUGCUCCAGGGUAAAAUGCUUGUUCCCAUGGCAACAGUACGGACUGCACCAGCCCCUGCCCAGCAGUUUCCCAUUGUGGCUCCACCUCUUCCUGUCCAGAAUGGUGCACAGACCGGAAACAAGAUCAUCCAGAUAGCUCCGAUGCCUAUGGUCCAGUCUCAGCUGCCUCAGGGUGGAGCAAUCCACCCUGCCAACCCCUUCCCUGUAACAGUGGGCACAGCGGCUGUGGUGGCUCCAGGAUCAGCCCCCUCCCAGGCUGUACUAUUGCCACCCGCACCUACCAGGAUCACCUAUGUCCAGUCCACUCCAGGGGUCCCAUCCACUCUGCCUCUGGUCUCAGCGACAACUGGCUCUUCCACCACCCAGCAGACCCUGCCAGUAGCUGGAUCUGCAUAUGUUCCAUCCCCCCUAGCAACACUCGGGUUCACAGCCAUCGCACCACCUGGACAGGCACUGGUUCAGCCGCUGAUUGCAGGUCAACCACCACUCCUAGCCCCAGCUCAGUCUCCAUCGCCCUCCACCUCAGCCCCUGCCUCAGGCGGCCAGAUAGUCACCGCCAUCUACCCUCCUUCACCUAGCGUCACCAUGGCAACAGGGGUGGUCUCCAUGACAGCAGUACCCCCCAGUGUGGUCUACUCUGUGUCCAGCCCCUCUAGCGCUUCCCCACACAUCCUGUCGAAAUACACAACCCCCGCCACAAUCACGCACCCACAUCCGCAGCUCCAUCUGGACAGACAGGCAGACAGGCACCUGCCUCUGGACAGACCUGCGGAUCGCCAAACUGACAGACAGGCUGAGAGACAGACAGACCUGCUGAUGCAUUCGGACAGACAGUUGGAGAGGCAGGCGCAGACCUCCAGCAGUAGCAGCUCAGUGGCACCUCCCAGUGGCUCAGCUAUGUCUAUAAGGCCCUGCAGUCCUCCACUUCAGAUCCAAACACCUGGCAGUACACCUGGUACACCCAAACUAACCCAGCUUCCAGUCAGAACCCCUCAGAAGGUGAAGGCAACGGUGGCGAACAUCCCUGUGGGCAGCUACGAAGGAGGAGGCAGAGGAAAAGAGAGAGAAAGGGAGAAGGACAGGGAGAGAGAAAGAGAGCGGGAAAAGGAGAGGGAGAGAGAAGCUGCAGCCACGAGUCAUUUCUCCUUUGAUCCUGAGUCUCCAUCAACACAUCCCGUCAAUGAGCUGCCAUCCUCUGACAGACCCCUGGAGGGCUCCAGUACAGUGGACCCAUCUGACACACGGAACAGGGAAAGCACAACCACCAAAGAGGCUGGAUGGAAGGAGUCCCUCCCCUCCUCUCCUCUCCCCCCUCCAUCAGCCACAGAGCCCGCCCUGCCACCCCCACAGACUGACAAAGAUGGUCCUACGCCCAAAAAGGUCAAAGCCCGCCCACCCCCGCUUAAGAAGACUUUUGACUCUGUGGACAAGUCUGGCAGGGUGCUGUCGGAGGUGUAUUUUGAGGAGCGCUUCGCAGAGCUGCCAGAGUUUCGGCCAGAGGAGGUUUUGCCUUCACCCACCCUGCAGAGUCUGGCCACGUCACCCCGUGCCAUUCUGGGCAGCUAUCGACGCAAGAGGAAGAACUCCACAGAUUUGGACUCUGCCACUGACGAUCAAGUCUCCCCUAAGAGAAAGAGUCGGCGGCGCUCAAGCUGCAGCUCAGAGCCCAACACGCCUAAAAGUGCCGCCAAGUGUGAGGGAGACAUCUUCACCUUCGACAGAGCAGCCCCAGAUGGAGAAGACAUCCUGACAGAACUGGAGUUUGAUAAGGUGCCGUACUCCUCGCUGCGACGAACGCUGGACCAGAGGCGAGCACUGGUCAUGCAGCUGUUCCAGGAGCAGGGCUUCUUUCCGUCAGCUCAAGCCACUGCAGCCUUCCAGACAAGAUACUCCGAUAUAUUUCCCACAAAGGUGUGUCUUCAGCUGAAGAUAAGGGAGGUCCGGCAGAAGAUCAUGCAGACAGCUGCCCCCUCUGAUGCCACUGGUUUAGGCAUCUCUGACUCAACUUGCUCUCUUCCUGGACCUUCUGGGUCCCAGUCAGGAGAAGGAUCUGCGAGAGGAUGUGGGGACCUGCAAGAUGAAGAAGACGAGCAAGGGACCGAAGCGAGCCCAGAGGAUCCUCGUGAUUCACAGGACUCUUCUAGAUGAGGGGUGCUGUCGAGUUAGAUUGACCAAUCAGUGACUAUUGACGUCACACCUUUCCACCCCCUGAAAGCUUUCACACCUUACAUUUUUGUUUUUAAUUUAAUCCACACUCUUAACUCUCCUCUGGUCAGACCCUGAUUUCUUUCCACCCUCAGCAGCCAACCUGUGAGAGUGAGAGAUGUUUGUAUGCAAUGUUGGGACUUUUUUUGUUCUUGUUUUUUUGGUUGUAUGUGACCCUUGCACCAAAAAAAUAGGACACGUAAAAGACCAGUGGCACAAAAAACUACCACAACGCACAUAUGAGUGCGUGCACACACAAACACACACAAACACACACAUCCACACCCUGCAAACUCUUGAUUCCCCCACUUGAAUUAGCACUCUGCAUUAACCACCUUGGAGAAAACUCCCAUAGAUGCCAGUGAACGAAGGACCAUUGUGCUCUGCUGCACUCAUUUGCCUUGAAGAAGAAAGGGUUCUCGUUUUAGACGGAGAGGCCUGUUUAACCCAUUCUGAAACAGUGAAAAGUCAGCAGUUUUAAAACAAGGACAUUACAUGUUUUGAUAUUUGUUUUUAAUAGGGUUAGAGGAGUAAAAGCAGCGAGUAUCUGCUUAAGGAACAAGCUGUAUUUAGACUUAACUGUUGUGAGCUUGUGUCUCAUUUCUGCUGACAUUAGGGGGCUGGGCCCUCAACAGCAGGAAACUAUUUGAUUUGACAAGAGAAUUCAUUACUAUGGACCUGGAAAGAUCACUUUCCAUUUUAUUGCUCACAUGUAGACCUUCAGGGGAGGUCUACCUGGAGUGACUGAAAAAUUGACUGAAACUCAAGUGGACUUCUGGCAGUGCCAUCAUUCCUGCAAUUACCUGUCUGGCCAAGUCCUCCCUUCUUGCGACUGACCCUAGCACAUGCCAGUAGGAAGGAACCAAGCAUUCCUGUGCCUCUCAUUCGCUAGCCAUGAAGGAAGGAGGUGGGUCAGAGUCAAUGGGCACAUCCUGGCUUUUUGUUGUAGAGGUCUGGCUGAAAAGGCCUUAAUCCUCUAUUGCCAAGCAGUUUUAUUAACUUUUUUUUAAAUAAUUUGAUUUGUAUUUAACAUUGUUAUAUUCAGUUUGUUGUUGUACUAUUCCUAUGGUUACUAUUAUUAUUACUCCUCAUAUCAUUGCAGUGAACCUUGGUCCAUUUGUUUCCUUCAUUUAUACCAGCUGUUGAUUUCUAUACUAGUUUUUUUUUUUUUUUUUUUUUAAUAAUUUCGGAGGCAGGUGAGAGAUGCUGCUCCACACCUGGACAGUUCCUCCUUUGUAGUCUUCCCUUGACUGGUCUCUCACCUCAGCAAGGACCUGCGGUGCAGUUAUUUUUAUUGUUCAUUUCAGAGGAGGACAAACACAAUGUGGACCUUUAUAUUCUUUCAACAGUAAUAAGCCGUAUGUUUUUAGACAACCCUGUAUGCCUCUCUGUCCCUCGCUAAGUUUGAUUCUAUAGCCUCAACACUUGUACAUCUCCUUCCUCCAACUCUUUCCUUCCUUCCCUCCUUCCUCCCUUUGUCACUUUAUUGCUCUCUCCAGACCUCCUUUUUAGACAGGCGGAGAGAAAACUGGGGGAAGUGAGGGGAAGGUAAUGAAUCAUAGAGAGCUGGUAGGAUCUAAUACUGGUUGUGUCUUUGUGCAAGACUUGGUUGUGUUGUAAAUAAUUACUGUAGAGUCAGUAGACUCAUUAUAUUAUUGAUAAGGAAAAAUCUGUCAUUGAACAUAAGUUGACUUAAAGACACCCAUUACCGAAAGUAAAACACAUGAAAUGGGGAAAAAAACAAUAAUAAAUAUGGCUAUUAAUGUUUGUGUUAUGCUCCUUGUUUUGCUGUUCCAGUAUACAAGAGAGGAAUUUAUAUGAAUAAUUUAAGUUUGUAUCUGUAUCUUUCAGUAUGCAAAUAAAAAUAGGUGUUCAAUUAAAGUGAUUUUAUCACUGGCAAUGUGAAAAAUGGGUUUUCCUUAAGCCGAAAUUCUAAAAUGAAGCAUGAUUUUUGUCCAGCCCCUUUUAAAUGUAACAGUUCACAUCAUCUCUACAGUGUGACUCCAGCUAUGUGAACUUUGAUAUAUGGCUGUGUUGAAUGAGACUGUGGGUUACAAAUGUUUAUCAUCAGAAUCAUCAUCUUAAAAAAAAACAUUUAUUGAUUUCACCUAUUUACAACAGAAUACUUAAACGGCACAAACAAUCCUUGGAAACAGAAGAAAACAUCCAUUUCAUUUGAAUGAUUAAAUAAAGAUUAGCA